AUGAAUCUUCCCUGGUAUACUCUUCUAAUUCCUCUGCUUGUUUUCAUUUUCUUCCUUCAUCAGUGGUUCUUUACUACCUCAAACGUCCAAAAAAAGUUACCACCAUCCCCAAGAAAGCUUCCAAUUAUAGGAAAUUUGCAUCAACUUGGGACACAUCCUCACCGUUCUCUCCAUAAGCUUUCAGAAAAACAUGGUCCAGUCAUGCUACUUCACUUGGGAAGUAAGCCAAUGCUCAUUGCUUCCUCUGUUGAGGCUGCUCGUGAUAUCAUGAAAACUCAUGAUCUCGUCUGGGCAAGCAGACCUAAAUCCAGCAUCAUUGAUAGACUCUUUUAUCGCUCCAAGGACGUGGCCUUUAGUCCAUUUGGUAAAUAUUGGAGGCAAGUUAGAAGUAUUAUGGUGCUUAACCUUCUCAGCAGUAAAAGAGUUCAAUCUUUUCGUGGUGUCAGAGAAGAUGAAACAACGAAUAUGAUUGCAAAAAUCAGGCAAGGUUGUGAUUCUUUGAUGAAAUAUCCUCCAUAG